UUUGUUAUGAAAUGUUCAACAAAUGUCACAGCCAAAAGUGACGAAACAAUUGGCAAGAUUACCAAAUCUUAAGCCUCAACUACAUAACCAAACAAAACUUCAGAGAGAGGACACCAAAAGAUUCUCUUCCGAUAUCGUCUGUUUUGAAUGCAAGCGACACCAUCCCGAUUUGCCAUCUUUUCUGUUAUUUGAGAUCAAUGGGCUACCAGGCCAUAAACUGGAAUCAGUGACACCCCUUAACUUGUCUUAAAUGCGGAAAUACAUUCGCGGAUUAAUUAUUUAAAUCUGUCACGUUUUACUUUCACUCCCUUGAAAGUGGUUCACCAUUAAAUGUAUCGUACCAUCAAUGAAUAAAUUGAACCAUAUCAUUACAUUAUUAACUUUUGAUUGGAAUAUUCUGAAGCUGAUUUUAUCAGAAUAAAAAGAAAAAGGGUAGUCUGACUUAAGUAGUUCUAAGUCUAGUAUAUUAAGUGCUUUUGGUUUUGAAUUAUCUGUUCCGAUUUCAAGAUGCCAUCAGAAAUAAUUCCAAGAUCAUAUGAGCCUCACAUGAAAUUUCUUCCUUAUGAACUGCCAUAUAUGACUGAUGAUCUGAGAAAAAGAGCGAAAGCAGAACUCUUUGAAGAUGAGGAUACUAGAGUUCAUAGCCUAAAACUUAUGCGAACAAUGUUAAAAGAUGAAAAAAACCUAGUCUUCUUGGACGAUGAUGAUUUUCUACUGACAUUCUUACGAGCAAGAAAAUUCGAUGUUAAAAAGUCUUUCAACCUCUUCAAAACUUUCUACCAUGUCAAGGCGAAACACUAUGAGUUGUACGACAAUUAUGACUUCGAAGAUUGUAAAAGCGUGUACAAGGAUGGACUUGUCGGUUUCUUGCCUUACAGAGAUGAAGAAGGAUGUGUCAUACUAAUUAUUAAAACAACUAACUGGGAUCCUUGCAAGCAUAGCAUGGGUGACAUCAUGAGAGCAACUACAACCGCUCUUCUUCAUGCAGUUCAUAGUCCAUCAACUCAAGUUGCUGGAUUCAAAGUCAUUGUAGACUUCAAGGGAUUUUCAUACGCUCAAACAAUGGCUCUUUCACCUACUUACCUAUGGCUCUUUGCAGAAGCUCUCCAGAACUGCUUCCCUGCAAGAUUUAGAGCAGUUCACAUUGUCAAUGAAGGUCUGCCCUUCAAAUAUAUCUGGGGUAUAUUGAGACAGUUUUUGACAAAGAAAUUGAAAGACAGAUUUCAGUUCCAUUCGAAGAAUGUAAAUGGACUUCACAAAUACUUCGCGCCAAGCAUUUUAUCAGCUGACUUUAACGGUGAUCUCCCCCCUUUCGACACUGUCAUUAACCAGUGGAUCAAGAAAGCAGAACAAAUGAAAGAUCAUCUAACAUACCUCCACUCUUUCGGCUACAAGAAGUCAAGAAAAGCCUCCACAUAGGCAAAAUUCAAAAUAGACAUUGUUCGAUUGUACAGUUAAAGCAUGCGACAGGAUCGCAUCGCUACGACGCAUGUGGGAAAAUAAUGAAACUUCUGGUGAGGUUUUGGUGAUAAGACAUGGAGCAGUUUUUGGAUGCUCUGGUAUUUCGAUGUAUUUGUACAAAAAAUAUAAUUUUAGAUCUUUUCUUUCUGCUUUGGUCUAAGACAUCUAGUAUAUCUAUUCAUGGUAUUAUGUUUCAAUUUUUUUUUUUUAAUUUUUGUUAUAAAAUGUAAAAGAUUCUAAGCUGCAACUAAAAAUUUACAUUAAAAUUCAGGUCUUCCUAUCAUAGCGUAGCAUAUAAUUAUUUUUUUAUUUCGUUGUUGUCGUUGACGUAUGCCUGUUUAGGCAGAGGGAGUGCGAUUGUUCUGGUUUUCCAGUGACGCCAUCUAUGUUUUUAUUUCGUAAAAACUACAUUAUAUAUUCCUGCUAUUGCUAAAACAUCCUGCUGUUCGCUUAAAUUAUUUUUAAAAAAAAUCUAUAACGCUUUUACAAGUCUUGAAUUAUUUAACAUCAAUGACGUUUAGAAAUACUUUUAAAAAAAUUUGAAAUGAAAAAUAUACAUAUAAUUAUAACUAGAAAGAAUUUAAUUUGAAAACAAGACAGAUAUUGAAAUAUAAACUACAAUUUUGAAUCUAAUUAAUCAUUAAAUAUUUAAACUAAGUUUUUGCUAUGCAUAUAAAUAUCUAAUUUAUAAUACCAUGAGUUUUGCAUCGAAUUUUGUAAAUACUAUUUGUAUUCAAUUAAAAAAUAAUGUAUAUUUUGUUGUAUCAUAAAGCCUGCUUCUUAUAAACACAGUUUAUAUUUAUGCAUCAUACCGAUGUAAUUGCAGCAUGUAUAUAUUACUAGUUCCUUUGUACAAUGUAUUUCUGUACUGUAUUGUAUAUACAAUUAGCUUUAUUUUUAGUGUAAUAUCUAAUAAUAAUUUAUUUAUUAUAAUUAAAUCAGGUGAUAUACGUUUCAUUUGUGGCAGUCAUUCUACAGAUUCUAACUAAUUUUUAAUCACAUUUUGUUUUUUCAAAAUUGUAUCUAAUUUAAAUUUAUUCAUUUUUUUAAUUUACAAACAAGCUUUAAAAUCCUUUUUCAUUGUGAUAAUGAGUUACAAUUUUAGCAACUUAUUGAUAUUUCAUUACGUGCAAACAGAUUAUUAUGAAAUCAAUAUUAAUUAUUAAAUUCAAAUAAUAUUUCUUUUAGCUCUGUAAAAUACUAAUGUACUGCGGUAUAACUGUCAAUAACCUACUGUCCUAUUUAUAUUCAAUGUGUUUUUAUUUAUUAAAUCAUGCUGACUUAACAGUUCUGUGAUACUAAACCAGCAUUGCUUAAAUUUUCAGAUGUAAUUAUUUGAAAAAUAGAUAAAGCAUGCAUAUUUGUUUUUUAGGAGGUAUCUAGAAGUAAGUUCAGCUCGCCAAAUAAAAAGAAAAUGCAAUUGAAACGAAACACGCUAUUAUUUCUAAAUUGCCAAACUCAUUAUUCGCCAUAGUCAUUUUAGUCAUAACGAUCUAGCAUACUAGUAUACUGGACUAGUGCUACUAUACUAUAGACUAGUAUACUUUACUAGAAGUCUAAUAACUUGAUACUGAAGUAUGAUGCAACUUUUAAUGAUAUCUUGGCGAAAAGUGCUUGUGGUGACAAAGUUGGCAACCUUGAAUCUUUUGCCAAAACGAAAAUUUUUUAUCUGUGAAAAGAAAUCUUUUGACAGAAACAAGAACUAUUCGGUUUUAAAAGAAAAAAAGGUAAAAAUCAAAUGGAACGAAAUCAUCUUUAACUCUGUGGUAAAAAGGUAAAUUAUCAAACGCAGGAGGGGGGGAACAAAAUACCAGACCUAUUAAGAUCGCUUAAUAGAGAAUAAAAUAGACCAAAAAGGAAUAACUAUUAGGAGAUAGAUGCAAAAAGAUAUUAGUAUGGAAUGGAGAAGAUCGUUCUUUCCAUAAAAAGAAAAACUUUCGGUUGCAAAAUGAGAUGAAAAAAUUUAAGACGCUGUGAGACCUGUCUUAUAAAAAUGUUCCUCGGGUCAAUAAGCUUGUAAGCAGCUAUGGUAUCUUUCGAUGAACUAUGUUCUUUUCAAUAAUUUAAUGGUUAAUUCUAUUUCAUAAUUGCCAGCUUGUAUGGUCGUUGAGAACAAUAUUACUAAAUGACAGUAUAGUUCAUCGUUACUGUUGCUCAUCAUGCUGUUGGUAAAGAAAUUGUGCAGCUUUAAGCUCUAUAGCCCCUUGCCCAACAUCUGGCUGUUGGAGAAUUUCUUUAGUAAAGAAAAAAAUAUAUAAAAAUUAAAACAAUGUCGUCUCCACGAAAUAGCACAUCAUCGUAACUAGUAAAUGUUAUUCGUAUAUUUUUUAACCAGUUGUCUAUUUUAAGAACUAUUUGCCGAUUUUAAUGAACUACUGUAAAUUUAGCAAUUUCUUUUAAAACACAAAUUUUUUCACCAUUAAGAGAAACAUUUUUCAACGACCGUACAAGCUGGUAGCAAUUCAAUUUGCUGAUUUUAUUCGUACAUUAGAACCCGUUAUGAUUGUCUACCUAAUGUCUAAAAUCCUGAUUGAUAUACAAAUUCAGGUAACACACUUGAAAUUGGCAGCGCUGCUAGAUGACAAUUGCAAAAUGAACUUAUUUUCUAGAUGACCUCGUCAUUUUUAGGAUCUUAUUACCCAAUUUGAGUGUGAUAUGAUUGCAUACAAUUUGCUGGUUAAAAACUAAUAUUUUUUCAGAAAUGAAUCAAUUACAAUUUUUUCUAACUAACAAUUCUAUUUUGAAUCUUAAACUAUUAAUUUUAAAGUUAUGUAUGAUUAAAUUACCAAGUCAUAUUUUGUAAUGUUGUGCUAACAAUAAUUAAAAAUUAGUUAUUAGCACUAAAUACUCAGUUGCGAUUUGGGUGUUUGCUGACUCAUAAUUUUGUGUAAAAUUGAUGGUAAUUAAAAAGUUAUAAUUUUUAUGAAUCUAAUAAAAUUAUAACUAUUAUAUCCCAGAUAGAUUGCUUAGUUAAAGAGCAAUUCUUGCAAGAAAACUUCAAAAAUUAACUAUCAUUAUAUAUUAUACUCUCUUAAUUUCAUUAUAUUUUUGUAAAAAAAUCUUAAAUCAUUAAUUUUACUCAAAUAGUUAUGUAUCAAUCAUGUAAUUAAAUAUGCAAAUUUAUAUUUUACUUAUAUUUUCAUAGAAGUGUGACAAAACUCUACAUAAAAAUUAUAUUUAUCGAAUUGUAUGCAAAGAUAGUCAAUUCUAGAAUAUUAUGUGUUUUUCAUUUUUUGCAUGAAAAAUAUUCAUGUCCUUGCAAUCUCUAUUUUUUGUCUUGUUAAAUGUAAUGCUUUUACGUAUUUUUGAAAAAUAAAAAAGACUUUCCAGUA